CACAAUCGCGCUGCAGGGUCUAUGCAUACACCUAGCACGUACAUACAUGCAUCGAUAUAAUCCUUGCCGCAUACUACCUAUAGCACAUAACUCAAACAAGACCUCAUCCCAGAAACUCACCUCUCGUAGCAGCGCGCCAUACCUCCUUUUUCUCUUCCUGGCUCCGAACAUUCAUUUACUCCUAUAUACCUCCGUAACAGAACCCGCCCUCAACUUCACCGCCCAUUUUCGCCCCCAGUUUCCCGGCUGAUAGAGCGGGUAAACCUCUCCUUUCUCCGAAAUAGCACCCGCUUCUUGAUCACCUACGGCAGCCAGGCCCUAACGUGAUACGAGAUAUGUCUCCUGGUCGGCACGCCG